AUGUCACUUAGGUAACAGGUGCAAAUGUUCAAAACUAUAUAGUGGUUUGUUGUCGUUUACUAAGGUUAUAUACUGUUAAUAAACUUCUUAAGUAUGAUUGAAUAUGAAUACGAAGGGUCAGAGGUCAUGUCGAUUAGGGAAAUUGGUUCUUUUGGGUGUGAUAAGAAGACUUGGCUAGAAUAUUCUAGUCAUAUGGAAUCAAUUUUUUCAAAGUAUAAGGUUAGGAAAGGUCUGAAAAAACUUAUUUGUAUAGAGGCAAUGGGCGCCAAAAUCUUUGAUCUUUUAACAAUUCUCGUUAGACCAAAAUAUGUCGCUAACGAAGAUGUUACCUACGAUUUUAUAAUAAAUAAACUAGAAAGAUACUUUCACCCGAAGCAGGACGUGCAUUUUUAUGUUACUAAAUUUCAAUUGAGAAAACAGAGGUAUACAGAAACAUUUUUUGAGUAUGUAACUGCUUUGCGUAAGAUUAUGGCGAAUUGUAAUUUUUCAAGAAAAAAUCAACUUCGUAAAUUACGAAACCAACUUAUUUCGGGAUGUGACGAGGAUCUGAAAUCAAAAUUUAAUCCACAUUCCAUGUCGUUGUCGCAAUUAUUCGAAGUAGGUCUUCUCUGGGAUGAUUCAAAUAUAAUCAAACCACCUCCACAUCCAAGAAACCACAAAGCAAGAAAAAAUAGAAUUGCAAAAUGUUUCAGAUGUGCUCAAGCUAAAACACUGCAUAAUAAUGAACCUUGUGUUUUUGAUUGGGCGAACUGUUCUCAUUGCAAUGUUAAUGGACAUGUUUCUAUAGCUUGUAAAUAUAAAGACACUAUUUGCGAUAAUUGCAGUGAAAAGGGACAUGUUCAUAAACUUUGCAAAAAGCCUGCUGUUGUCUCUUUAACAUCUUCAUUACAUGAAUUGACUAUAGCUAAUGCCGACUGAAUUAAAAGAUUUCAAAUGAUUGACUUCAUUUUCUCUAUUUUGGAUUGUAAUAUUCUUGAUAUUGAUAUAAUUGAUUUUCAUCUAAGAUAAUUAAUUUUUUUUUCAAAAGUUGUGAAAUGAUUUUUUCCUUUCUUUCCUACUCAAGCCUAACACGUUAAGUAUGAGAAUAAUAGAAUAUAUACAAGGUACAGUAGUCAAUCCUGCAUUUUUAAAAAUUUUAUUGUGUAUUUAUGUAAGUCAUAUUGAAUGUCUUGGGUUUGAAAUUGUCAAAAAUUAAAAAUAUAUCUUUAAGUUAAAAUAUUAUUACAAUUCAUAAAAUUCAUUCAGUAAAAUAAAAAUAUUUUCAACUUCCAUUUACUUUUUAUUGAGGUUUUACACAUCAUUCUCUUCAGAAUUAAAUUUUCUGUAAGUUUUAUUUGAAAGUUUAAUGCAUUUAUUAGGCACCAAUGAAGUUAUUUCACUCUAAACGUAAAAAAGUGUAUUUUGGAGUUGAGUUUUUUGUAUUUAACAUCAGUUAAUGUAAAAAUUAUCACAGUUACAGAUCUGAGACUUAUUUCAUUAAAUUUUUCAUGUCAAUAUAUUCCUAUUAUUCGACUAUCCUAUCCUAUAGUCGAGAAUCGAUGAAGAGCAUCUCAUCGUCAAGUAAGGGAAUAAGAUGGAUGGUUUAUUAAAUUAAACAAAUUAAUAUUUCAGACCUAUAUUUUUAUUUUAUAUAGUAUAUGUAAAUGUUAAAACAUAAUAUAUGUAGUUAGAUAAUACCAAUACUCCUUAAAAAAAAACUACGGUUUUGAGAAUUUUGGAUCUUUUGUCGCAAUAUAAAACACUAAUUUACAUUAAAUUUUUAGACGACGCCAUCUGAAAAUUGUUCGAUCUGUAUUUAUUUAUUUACCGAAAGGUACGUUUUGAGUUUUCCAUUUAGUGAAAGUGACAGUUCCGUACUGCAAAACACUUUCGGGACGCUCUGGAGUACACUACUUUAACUUCCUUAAAUGUGACUCUAGCUACUUCAAUGUUGACGGUUGACAGUUUCACUUCGAUGAUUUUGCAUAACCUUAAAUUUUUAAUUUUCUGAAAUUCCGUCAACAUUUAGUAGAAAUAUACAUAUUCCAUCUGCAUCCAAUCCAUUAAAUAUUAAAAUAAGGUACAAUCAACAUUACUUUUUGCAAAUAAUUAAUUGAUAUUGCAAAUAUUAUUAAGUACAUUAUACUGUUCAAUAAAUUAAAUGUAUAAUUCUCUAUUAUUUAUUUUCUUUCCUCAGUGUAAUUGAAAAAGUUUUGGAUUUUAUCCGUCGUCUAAAAAAUGUUGUGUACGCCGCGGCUGAAAUACUACUUUUUUAUCAUUUUCAGUCCUUGGUAUACAAAUAACUAUUUCAAUUUUAUUAAUUCUAUAUUUUUUUUGUUACUGCGCGUCCUAUUUGAUUUGUUUAUAUCUGGUUUUUAUAGUUAUUUACGUUAUAAGUUAUAAGUCCGGCAAGUACCGUAAUAAUAAUUAUACCGGCUUAUAACGUAAAUAACUAUUUUUUUAUACUGUACUGUAAAAUAAUUUUCGAUACAUAAAUAUGAUUAUAUUUUUUGCGAUAAAUUAUGUUUGUAAAAUAUGAGGAAAAUAAGAUUUAGAAAGAAUGACUAUUCAAAUUUACUAAUUUCUUUCACGUGUUUAUUUCGUUCAUUUAGCAUAAGUAAGUUAAAUGUAUAUAAUUUGUACCAAGCAGAAGUUUUUAUAUCAUUAAAUGAAGAUACAGAUAAUAUUUUGACAUAGAACGACAUCCUAACCUAAAUUUUUUGCGCGUUCAAAGUAAGAUUCAUAUUAGUUGCAUUUAAAUUUAUUAAGCAUUUUGUAUACGAAACCUAUAGGCUUGACGCCCAUGAGCUUAGGCUAUGGGCUCCUAUAAUGUUUACUGUACUGUUGUGGUAUCUUUCACACACUGACGUUGGAUUGUGAAAACCGUAGUCGCCAUUCAAACGCUCUGCGACGCGUCUCUAGUUAUUUCGAACCAUUGGGUGCCUCCUCUUCAAGUAAACGCCGCCAAAAAUGUCGCAUUUAUAUCAAUUUUAUAUCACAAGAUGCUAGCACUGUUGUGAACGAGACGUCGACGUUCGCGUAUGAGAAACGCUGACGCUGUGUCCGGUGUUCAGACGUCGAUCAGAACGUUUAUGCUCUAGUCGAAUGUAGAAAUUAAUAGGACACCAAGGCCUUAGCACACAAGAAACGAUUGGAGCAAACUUCGGUGAGUUUGUGAGUAUCUUUUACUCACAGGUCUGUGCGCAAUGAAUAAUCCGGAAAAAUUAGGUAUUUUUUUUUAGGUUUCCCUAAGACUUUGGACAAAAAGGAAAAGAUUUUUUAAAUGAGAGAAUUAGGAGCAUUUGAUAGUUAUUUUUAGUUUUUCCAGAAGACACUUUGGGCCGGAAAUAAAAAAUAUUUUCUAAUCUGAAUUUGCAACCACGGUUUUAAUUAAUAUCUUUUUAUCGAAUCAACGAGAAAAUUCGGGAUUUGAAUUUUCAGAACGAGCAUUGAAAAUCCUUUCGAUUCAAUUUUUUAAAAUUUUUCCGAAUAUUUGGCUGCUAGCUUGAUGGAGCUGGGUUAUGUCACGGUUUAUAUAUCAAAAAUUAUCUGAAAUUUGUACAUAUUUCACAAAAAAUUUAUAUAUAAUCAUUGUAGGACUGAAAUAUAAAUUUUUAAUUGUA